CGAUUUGCUCGCGAAGGAAUUUGUGUGAAACUGGGCGUUCAACUGGGUUUUUUUUGUUCAACGGCGCUUUUAGCGGAGCUCAUUAACAUCCCCAGUGCAGUGAACAUAUCGUAAGAUGUUGGGUCAAAUUUUGCUCGUCGCGAACAGGAGGUUUUCCUCGAAAGUGGUUCCAAUGAGUGCGGCCAAGUUGCAGGAGCUAGCCAUGAAGGAAACCUGCAUCCUGGUAAACGAUCGGGAUGAGUCCGUUGGGAAGGCCUCGAAACGGGAUUGCCAUCUAGUGGAUGCUGCGGGCAAUAUCCGGCUACAUCGAGCAUUCAGUGUGUUUCUGUUCAACAGCGCUGGGGAUAUGCUCCUUCAGCGGCGUUCCAUCGACAAAAUAACCUUUCCCGAUUGUUACACAAAUGCCUGCUGCAGUCAUCCCCUGUAUGAUAUCGAAGGAGAACGGGAAGAAAUGAACGCUCUUGGUAUCCGUCGUGCCGCCCAACGGCGGUUAAACUACGAGCUAGGCAUUCCCUUGGCCCAAGCACGUCCUGAGAAUUUCCAUUAUCUCACCCGCAUCCACUACGCUGAUCGAGGCGAUGGUACGUGGGGUGAACAUGAGAUCGACUACAUUCUGUUCCUGCAGAAAGACGUCGAUCUUAAACCGAACGAUUCGGAGGUGAGCGAGGUGCGGUAUGUUAGUCGGAAGCAGCUGGACACAACCAUGACCACCCUCAACGCUCCACUAACGCCCUGGUUCCGGCUGAUUCUGCAGCACCGGCUGCGCCUUUGGUGGGAUAAUCUGCACCAGUUGAAGAAGUACGAAAACCAUGUAGAAAUCGAACGAUUUUAGCGAUACGAUACGUCAAUAUCGCAUGCGCAUUAAAGCGACACACUGGGCAUUAUGGGCCACUUUCAGCGUGGAUCAAAGGCAAUAAUAAUAAGAUUUCAAAUGAUUUCUUGGUAGUUAGGGGAACUUCUUUUGUUACUAAUAUAUGGCAGUAGUUACUAAUAUAUUUUUCGAAUAUUAUACAAGGACAAUAAAGUGAUGAAUGUUGAAUUGAA